AAGGAGUACAGUCGCAAGAAAACCCGACUAUAGAAUGGAACCGUUUACGUUUAACAGACUUGAGAAUUAUGUGUAACAAGCGUAAUAUCCCAACGGAAGGAUUUCAACCUGCAAAAACGGAUAAGGGAAAAGCUAUAGAACGAAAUUCGAGUGAAGACUAUGAUAAUGAAAGACCUCUUCCAUCAGAUGAGGUAAUCGAACAAUGUUAUGCUUUUUUGUCACAUAUAGAAAAUAGAUUGGAGCAAAAGCUCGAAGAAAGGUUGGGAAAUUCGUUGUCAAAGGUCUUGGAUAAUAGCUUGCAACAAUGGUCGGUGCAGCUAAAUAAAGCUAGUUGA